GUUGAUUUCGAACGGUUCGGUUGUGCGCGCGUAUUGCUCUGUUCCCAAGCGUUGUGCAGUGUGAUGCUAUCUCUUUCACUCUAAGGUGCGUUACAUUGCGGAAGAGGAAAAUAUUUUCCAAAAGUCAGUGACUGGGUGGAGAAGAGAAAAUAAUUGUGAUUUUCCGAAACGGACUAAUUUGCGGGUGGAUUUCACCGACCCAGGUCAAAGGAUACCGUGUCCAGCACAGCGGGGGAUUUCCGCGCAAGCCGUGAACGAUCGUCGAGUAUCCUGUUCGCGCACUGAAAAGUUAAAUUUGUCCUCUCAAUCACGCUGUCCGAAAUUCAGUUCUAGAGCAGCUGUGGCCCACUUAGGCGUCCAUAUAGCAGUAAUCGCGUUCCGAUUUCAAUUGAUAAAUUCGAGCUGGGUGUAAAGACCAGCGGAAGGAAAAUUUGAAGGAAAAAUCAAUUUUGUGAAAUUAUCCUUAGCGAAAGCAAACGCGCGCGCGUUCACCGAAUCGCGAGAAAAAAGGCAAAUAAGCGCGAAAAUAAUCGCGACCAUCGAAACAAAAAAAGAGUGUGUAGAAAAUAGAAAAUCAAGCAUAAUAAAAUCAGUGCAAGUGCUUAGUGAGGUGUGGUUUGAACUUUCUCCUCGCAAAUCGCUGUGAAAUAAAAAAAAAAAACCCGACCGCAAUACGAGUCGGGAGAGGAAGUGGAGAAGAAGAAGAAGAAAAUCAAAAUCAAAAUUGUUUCACUCUUACUGGCGGACAAUUAUCCUAUCAGCCGCGUCUGUUUUGCUGUUUGUGUUCCGAUUGUGCGCGCGUUCGCACCCGUAGGAGAGCAUCUGUAUAUCUUGACUCGGCGGAAGCGCACCGCUAAGUGAGACCGCGUGUGCUGUGCUGUGUGCGCUGGAAAAAUAAAAGUAGCCCACAAACCGCAGCCGGUUUAAUGAGUUUCAACCGGAAAAUACGGCAGAACCAACAUCAGCAGCACUAGGAGCCCGACCGUCGUCAGUUGAUCGUUGGUAUCAGCUUGCGGUUGUUGUGGUUCGGUGAUUGAAUCUCGCACCCACCCGAGCAGACGUGACUCCUGAGACCCCUGGGGAAGACACAGCAACGGCACAGUACAGCGUAUCGCUCCGCACCCAACUUCUUUCGAGAUGGGUGACGUCGAUCCGGAAACGCUACUAGAAUGGCUCUCGAUGGGCCAGGGCGACGAGCGGGACAUGCAGUUGAUCGCCCUGGAACAGCUCUGCAUGUUGCUGCUCAUGUCCGACAAUGUGGAUCGGUGUUUCGAGAGUUGUCCACCGCGGACAUUCUUACCGGCACUAUGCAAAAUAUUUCUGGAUGAGCUGGCGCCGGAAAACGUGCUGGAAGUAACGGCGCGUGCCAUUACCUACUACCUGGACGUAUCAUCCGAGUGCACACGGCGAAUCGUCGCGAUCGAUGGUGCUAUCAAAGCGAUCUGCAACCGGUUGGUGGUGGCGGAUCUCGAAAGUCGAACUAGUCGUGAUCUGGCCGAACAGUGCAUCAAGGUGCUGGAACUGAUUUGCACCCGCGAAGCAGGAGCAGUGUUCGAAGGCGGCGGACUAAGCUGUGUCCUUUCGUUCAUCCGCGACAACGGAUCGCAAAUCCACAAAGACACACUCCACUCGGCGAUGGCUGUGGUGUCGAGGCUGUGUACCAAGGUUGAACCGCAAGGCGCAAAUGUACAGACCUGUGUAGAAAGCCUUAGUACGCUGCUUCAACACGAAGAUUCGCUGGUGGCAGAUGGGGCACUGAAAUGUUUCGCCUCGGUGGCAGAUCGCUUCACAAGGAAAGGUGUCGAUCCUGCACCAUUGGCAGAGUAUGGUCUGGUGACUGAACUAUUAAAUCGUUUGAGCAAUGCAGCCGGUGCACAAAACGCAACCCUUGUCGCUGGCUCAAGUGGAACGCCUAAUUCUUCUAAUCAGUCCAAUAGUCAGGAAGCAGCUUCAACGGCACAGCUUUCAUCGUCGGCACCAAAGACGCAGGGAGCGGCUGAAGCUGGUCGAUCCAGCCAAUCUAUUGCUACCACAAUAUCUUUGCUAUCCACUCUUUGUCGGGGAUCGCCGUCCAUCACUCACGAUCUGCUUAGGUCAAACCUACCGGAAGCGAUGGAACGGGCCUUCAAAGGCGAUGAACGAUGCGUGCUGGAUUGUAUGCGGUUAGCUGAUCUCAUUCUCUUGUUACUGUUUGAGGGCCGGCAAGCUCUUGGUCGGGUUGGUGGGUCAAGCGGUCAGUUGGCACCACGCGUGCGAAGGGCAGAUUCCAGUACGGAACGAACACAUCGACAGCUUAUCGAUUGCAUUAGAAGUAAAGACACGGAAGCCCUCAUCGAAGCUAUCGAAUCGGGUGGAAUCGAUGUCAACUGUAUGGACGAUGUCGGCCAAACCCUGCUGAACUGGGCUUCGGCUUUCGGUACUCUCGAAAUGGUGGAAUUCCUAUGUGAUAAAGGUGCUGACGUAAACAAGGGCCAGCGAAGUUCCUCUCUGCAUUAUGCGGCAUGCUUCGGUCGGCCGGGCAUUGCCAAAGUGCUGCUAAAGCACGGUGCCAAUCCAGACUUGCGUGACGAGGACGGUAAAACACCCCUCGAUAAGGCCCGUGAACGACCAGACGAAGGCCAUCGGGAAGUCGCAACUAUCCUUCAGUCGCCCGGUGAAUGGAUGACAGCCGCUACCAGGUCGGAUAUGAAAAGUGACGCAGAAGAUGGUGACAACGAACCGCGGGGCGACCCAGAGAUGGCUCCGGUGUAUCUGAAGUUCUUUUUACCUAUAUUUUGUAAGACGUUCCAAAGCACAAUGCUGGCCAGUGUACGGCGCUCGAGCUUAGGUUUGAUUAAGAAAAUGAUUCAGUACGUCCAGUCGGAAAUGCUGUCCAGGCUGUGCUCCUCCGAGGGGUUGCAAAGUCACGAACAAAGCCUGGGAACGUUACUAGUCGAAGUCGUCGCCAGUGUCCUAGACAACGAGAUAAGCUACAGCUGGCCAUCGCAGCCAACACCGUCUCUACUGCCCUUACCCGUUCCCCCUCCUCCAAUCACUAGUAGCACUAGCAUUCUAGCCAGGUAUAGUUGUGCGGACAAAGUGAGCAAGUAUGUUCAGAAUAUAAGGCUGCAACAGCAGCAGCAGCAACAGCAGCAGCACCAAAACAGCCAACCCCAGCCGCGCCGUAACUUUAGCUCUUACAUAAUUCCUCCGCCACCGCCGAUGCUACCGCUGACCUCGACUCCGGUGGUAUCUGCGGCCAACGGAAACUGCCAUCAGCAGCAACAACAACAACAACAGCGAGAACAGCACCACGACAACCACGGUCGGGAUGUCGUCGGAAAAAGCAAUAACAACGGCAAAACUUCCUCUUGUACUCAAAGCAAUUGGUCUGACCUUAGCAUUGCGGAUGACGAGGAUGGCCACCUGGUGGUGCUUACUAUUAUCGAAGAGCUUAUGUCGAAGACGCAAAGUGAUUUUCUCGACCACUUCGCCCGGCUAGGAGUGUUCUCCAAAGUGCAAGCCCUGAUGGGUGACGCAAGUAGCUUCAGCGGUGGUGAUUCGGACAAUAAUGAUGUGAUCAAAUCGGAAGAUGCGAAAACAACUGUUAGCAGCAGCUCCCAAGAUGCAACCAAUGCUGUGGUGGCUCCCGUUGCUAUUCCUCCACAGGCAGCGGCCAGUACCGUGGAAGAUGCCAAAGAAAUUCUCCCCGGCAAGGCUUAUCAUUGGCGCGACUGGAGCAUUUGUCGUGGACGGGACUGUUUGUACGUGUGGUCGGAUUCGGCUGCUCUGGAACUUUCCAAUGGCUCCAACGGAUGGUUCCGGUUUAUAUUGGAUGGCAAGCUGGCUACUAUGUACUCUAGCGGAAGUCCGGAGAAUGGUAGCGAUAGUUCCGGCAAGGGAAGGAGUGCGGAUUCCUUAGCCGGCGAAGAAAACCGCGGAGAGUUCCUGGAGAAACUGCAACGAGCACGAGGUGCUGUGCGCCAGGGAACCGUGUCGCAGCCGAUCUUGUCAACACCCAGUCUGUCGCGGAUCGUCGUUGGCAAUUGGGUACUGCAAAGCCAGAAGGAGCACCAGCUACAUAUCAACAACUCCGAAGGCCAUCAGGUGACUAUCCUGCAGGACGAGCUGCCAGGUUUCAUCUUCGAGAGCAACCGUGGUACGAAGCAUACCUUCACGGCGGAAACCACACUAGGGCCGGAUUUCGCUGCCGGUUGGAUCAACACUAAGAAAAAAAAGAUGCGCUCGAAGGCCGAAGCGCAAAAGUAUCAGGUGAAAAACAUCGCCCGGGACUUGUACAACCGGUACUUCAAGGCAGCGCAGGCCGUUCCGCGGGGUGCCGUCGCCAAGUUGUGCACCAUCGUACGGCAAAUCGAGUGCGGCUUGGAGGAACAGUGCGCUCCCAGAUCGAGCGUACUGCAGGUUCGUGCUAUCCAGCAGCAGACGGUCGGUAGCUCCUGGCAGGAGAAGUUGUACAACGCCCUCAACGAUCUCGUGCAACUACUUAACGAAGACGGUGUUAUCAGUGCCUACGAGAUGCACAGCUCCGGUUUGGUUCAAGCACUGGUGGCGGUUCUGUCCAAAAACUACUGGGAGCUUGGCAUGAAUCGAAGCCGCGCGAAUAAGUACCAAAAACAAAGGAUAUCUAUAUUUAAAAAGUGCAUGUAUGGUGAUUCGAAGAACGGUAAAAAUACGGCUAGCAUCCUGGUGCAGAAGCUAGUGUCCGUACUGGAGAGCAUUGAAAAGCUACCGGUUUAUAUGUACGAUUCACCUGGAGGAAGCUACGGACUGCAGAUACUCACUAAAAGACUUAGUUUCCGAUUGGAACGAGCUGCCUGCGAGCAGACUCUGUUCGAUCGAACUGGUAGGAAUUUAAAGAUGGAACCGUUGGCUACGGUCGGACAGUUGAAUAAGUACCUGCUGAAGAUGGUGGCCAAGCAGUGGUACGAUAUGGAUCGUUCCUCAUUCCUGUUUCUAAAGAAACUGAAAGAUACAAAAGCAGGUGGCGUUCAGUUCAAACAUCAGCACGAUUUUGACGAAAACGGUAUUGUUUACUAUAUCGGAACUAAUGGAAAAUCUACGGAGUGGGUGAACCCAGCUCAAUACGGCCUGGUGACGGUUACAAGCAGCGAAGGGAAACAGCUUCCCUACGGCAAGCUAGAAGACAUCCUAUCACGGGACAGUGUCAGCGUAAAUUGUCACACUAAAGACAAUAAAAAAUCGUGGUUUGCGAUCGAUUUGGGAAUGUACGUAAUCCCGACAGCGUACACAUUGCGCCAUGCUCGCGGAUAUGGUCGAUCUGCCUUGCGAAACUGGAUGUUCCAAAUGUCGAAAGAUGGAAUCAGCUGGGUUACCAUGUUGACGCACACCGAUGACAAGAGUUUGGCAGAACCGGGAAGCACCUGUACCUGGCCUAUCGAGUGUUCUGCUGACGAGCAGCAGGGAUAUCGUCAUGUUCGUAUCCAUCAGAACGGUAGAAACGCCUCCGGACAGACACACUAUCUGAGCUUGAGUGGCUUUGAGAUCUACGGAAAAGUCACCUCCGUAUGUGAGGAUAUGGGUAAAGCAGCAGCCAAAGAGAACGAAGCAAAGCUGCGUAAGGAGCGUCGUCAAAUUCGAGCUCAACUGAAGUACAUAACGCAGGGUGCUCGGGUGAUUCGUGGAGUCGACUGGCACUGGGAUGAUCAGGAUGGAAGCCCUCCUGGAGAAGGUACGGUAACCGGUGAAAUACACAACGGAUGGAUCGAUGUCAAAUGGGAUCAUGGUUUGAGAAAUUCCUAUCGCAUGGGAGCAGAGGGAAAGUACGACCUAAAACUAGCGAACGGAGAUAAUCUUAACGCGUCGUACGACCUGAACAACUCGGGCGUAGGACUAGCUCCAAUAGGCGGCGGAACGGCCGUUUCCUCAGCUAAGAAGGCCUACGAUAAGUCGCUUAAUGUUCUAACUAGUCGUAAAUCAAGCUCCACACCUAGUCUACCGGAAGCAACGGAAAACAAGUCUUCCGUAGCUUCGACAGAACAGGCCACCUCGGUGGAUAAUCUCGCUUGGAAGCAAGCAGUCGAAGUGAUCGCAGAGAAUGUACUCUCGUGUGCUCGCUCCGACCUGGCCAAUACCAGUGGAGGAAGCAGCAGCAAUGACUUGUCCGCUCCGGGCACGAACAACAAUAACCUGAACAAUCAAGAAGUUUCGGUGAUUGUGCAUUCGCUGGGUGAACGCGGCAACAUACCCGAUUUGUCACAGAUAAAUACAAGCACUUCCACGCUAGUCUCAGAUCUCGCAACCAUUACGGAAAAUUUGACCCUUUCGGAUAAUAUCAAGAACAACAUAAGCGUUGCGGGUGGAACACAGUUUGUUAGUAACUUUGGUACUCAGUUGGCAGCUUGCUCCUCUUCAUCCUCAACAGAAGAAAACAACAAAACCAACAACAUUAACGAAACCAAUAAUAAAAUCAAUCUGAACAACAGCAGUAGCAGCAGCUCCGGUAAAACAGCCUAUCUCCCCACCAAGCUAGACGUGCUGGACAAAAUGCGCGAGGGUGUCGACAUGCUUCGCAACAACACGAACAAUCUACUUUCGUCAGAAUUACUAACGCAAUCAAAUUUGCUGUCGUCGGUGAAGAUUGCUCUUCCAACGCCGCAAGUCGCAAAUUUGCAACCACCCAACGCUGGCACUAUCUUCGUCGCCAGCACUAGUACCAGCAAUAGCACGACCGCCGAUAAGACAGCUCAGGCCGGGGAGAUCAAAUUUAACAAUACCAUCAACAACAACGGCGUAUCCGUCGGUGGGGUCACCAAAAAGGUGCUGAAUGAAAUGAAGCAAAUGUCGAUGGAAACAACGGACGAUCGUGACGUUGCUAAUAACCUGCGCAAUAACAUCGUUCUGGUUGACAACGCCGAGGCUGGAAGUUCGAAAGAGACCACACCAAACCCGGAUUCUCCAUCGUCGGUCAUAGCAGCCAAUCCGAUGAGCGUAAGCGUUCCGAAUCUAACCAGUAACGAAAGCAAUGUACCCCCUGAAUCACAGACACCCCCUGGACUGCUGGAAACCUUCGCUGCCAUUGCCCGCAGACGAACAUCCGGAAGUUCUGGCUCCCAUCCGCAGCAUCACCAUCAGCAGCAUCAACAGCCUCAGUCGAUGGUCGGUGGAAACGGUUCAGCUGGUAGCAGUGGUGCCUCCAAUCAAAACCAACCAAACAAUCAACUUAGCAGCGUGGCUUCAAACAUUCAAGCCGGCAGUGGCUUCUUCCCCAGGGGACCGAACUCCGUUACUAGUCUGGUUAAGUUAGCAUUAUCCAGCAAUUUCCACAGUGGUCUACUCAGCACGGCUCAAAGUUAUCCUAGUUUGUCAAGUUCAUCAAAUAAUUCCAACCAAUCGGUCGGCGGAACGGGAGUCGGAACAAUUGGGAACAAUAACUCCAAUUCCGGUGUAGGAUCGAACACUGGCACCGCCACACAAACGGGAUCCGGUCAAACCGCUGUACUGAAUCCGGCCCUCACAAUGAGCCUAACCUCGACUAGUAGCGACAGCGAACAGGUUUCUCUGGAAGACUUCCUAGAACAGUGCCGUGCACCUACUCUACUUGGUGAUUUGGAAGACGAUGAAGACAUGGAAGAUGAGAAUGACGACGACGAAAACGAAGAUGAAUACGAGGAAGUAGGCAACACCCUGCUCCAGGUAAUGGUAUCCCGAAAUUUGCUUUCAUUUAUGGAUGAAGAAACGCUGGAGAAUCGUUUGGCGGCAGCCGGCAAGCGUAAAUCCUGGGACGAUGAGUUUGUGCUAAAGCGACAGUUCUCAGCGCUGAUUCCGGCUUUCGAUCCACGCCCUGGGCGAACAAACGUCAACCAAACUAGUGAUUUGGAUAUACCGGCUCCUGGUGCAUCAGCGGACGGAGGUAACGCAAGUGGUCAUUCAGAGCAUGCACCGCUACCGCAACCAUCACUGGCUUUGCUGCUCCGCGGACCGAAUAUCAACGGGGUAACAGAUGUAGAGAUUCCUCUCUCUCAACCGGAUUGGACAAUUUUCCGUGCCGUCCAGGAACUGAUACUUCAAACCAACAUGACCAAGCAGGAUAAGUUCCGUAAAAUAUGGCAACCAACUUACACCAUCGUCUAUCGGGAAGCUGGGGCAGGCAACUCCUCCUGUCGCGAAGAUUUCAGCAGUGGUGAAGAAGGUCGCACAACACCGGUGGUUUCUAUGUUCUCCCAGCGAAGUGGUGGCUCAACUCUGUCCCCCAGUUCACCCAUUCCCGGUACACCUUCAAACACAACUGGCAGCCACUGCACCGUCGAGGAUGUCUUGCAGCUUCUGGGUCAGUUGAACGCCAUCAAUCAGACGUUGACAUCUUCGCCAUCAAACAACGACAAGAAUCUCAUUCCGGACGUGGAAAGCAGCAAUUUGAAUGCGGACAUUUUCAUGAGCAAGAAAAUCACCAACAAACUGCAGCAGCAGAUUCAAGAUCCGCUAGUGCUGGCCAGUGGAAGUCUACCGAAAUGGUGCGAGAAUUACAACCAAAGCUGUCCGUUCCUGUUUCCAUUCGAAACACGUCAGCUGUACUUCAACUGUACGGCUUUUGGAGCCUCCCGAAGCAUCGUAUGGCUGCAGUCGCAGCGUGACGUAAACCUCGAACGACAGCGAGCUCCCGGUUUGAGCCCAAGACAUGCCGAACAGCACGAGUUCCGGGUUGGGCGACUGAAGCACGAACGUGUUAAAGUGCCGCGUGGGGAAAACCUGCUCGAGUGGGCUCAACAGGUUAUGAAGGUGCAUUGUAAUCGUAAAUCCGUUUUGGAGGUGGAAUUCGUUGGCGAGGAAGGAACCGGGUUGGGUCCUACGUUAGAAUUUUACGCUUUGGUAGCAGCCGAGCUGCAGCGAAGUGAUCUUGGUAUGUGGCUGUGCGAUGAUGAACCGAAAUUGAUUGAAGACGAGAUCGACCUGGGUGAAGGUAGCAAGCCGAUCGGCUACUACGUGAGACGUUCAACGGGUCUCUUCCCGGCGCCUCUCCCGCAAGAGUCAGAAAUUUGUGAUUUUGUAUCUAACUACUUUUGGUUCCUGGGAGUGUUUCUCGCGAAGGUACUGCAAGACGGUCGGCUGGUAGAUCUUCCGCUGUCCAACAGCUUCCUGCAACUACUCUGUCACAACAAAUCUAUUGUGCGGGAUUCGCUAGGAGGUAAUUCCUGCAAAACUGCCCUGAAUGACGACAUCAUGAUUUCUUCUCUAAUGUCGGAAGACAGCGACCGAGAUCUGGUCGAUUCCUAUCAAUCCAAACUAGCUAAUGAUGGUUGUUGGUACGACGGAAUUCUCUCGCAGGAGAAUCUACAGGAAAUUGAUUCAAUUCGGUAUGAAUUCCUGAAGGAACUCCAGGAACUAGUACAACAAAAACAAAACAUCGAACAAAACGACGAUCUUAGCUCGGAGGAAAAGCUUCUGCAAAUCAGUGAGUUGAAGUUCAACACCAAAACCGGAAGUGUGGCUCUAGAAGAUCUGGCUCUUACUUUCACCUAUCUGCCGAGCUCCAAGAACUAUGGCUACCAGUCGGCGGAUUUGAUUCCGAACGGGUCCAACAUCGACGUCACGAUUAGCAAUGUCGAAGAGUAUUGCAAUUUAACGAUAAACUUCUGCCUCCAGGAGGGCAUUUCCAAGCAACUGGCCGCAUUCCAUCGAGGCUUUUGUGAAGUGUUCCCGUUGAACAAAUUGGCCGCCUUCACACCAGAGGAAAUCCGUAAAAUGCUCUGCGGCGAGCAAAACCCUGAAUGGACUCGGGAUGACAUCAUAACCUACACGGAACCAAAGCUUGGAUAUACCAAGGAAAGUCCCGGUUUCCUGCGCUUCGUUAAUGUUCUGAUGGGCAUGAGUGCAAGCGAGAGGAAAGCAUUUCUGCAGUUCACAACUGGCUGCAGCAGUUUACCACCGGGUGGCUUGGCUAAUCUGCAUCCCCGCCUCACCGUGGUCCGGAAGGUGGACGCUGGCGAGGGCUCGUAUCCAUCGGUCAAUACCUGUGUCCACUAUCUAAAGCUACCGGACUAUCCGAACGAGGAAAUUCUACGCGAACGACUGCUAACCGCUACGAAGGAAAAAGGAUUCCAUCUGAACUAGAUCGCAGUCUUUUGCCUCCCUCUAAGAGCUGUUUGCUUUAGCAACCAAACUAGAACUACUUUAAAUGAAGCCCCUCUAUUUCUUGAAAACUAGAUAUGCUGAAUUGAUAUCCUACACUCUGUACUGUAAAAAAAUAUUAAUAGUGAAAAUCAAAAAAUAUAAAGAUAUAUUUUUAGGUAAUGAAUUACCCUGACAAAAUUAUCAAAUCAAAUCUAAAAAAAUCCAAGGAUACAAUAAAUAUAAUACAAAAGAAAUGACAUGUUGACGAUUACUUAAAGUUAUCGAUUUGUUGUGGUUUUAAGUUAUAAAACACAAAAAAAAAACAAUAAUUGCAAUUCCUUUUGAAGAAGCGUACACGAUAAGGUAAAUUAAGGAUGACAAAAUCAUACAAAAUAAAAGCAGAUUGGAUAAACGAAUGAACAGAGUUUAGAUAAUGGUUAGCGCCCCAUAACUGUGUUUGCUGUGAAUAACAAAUAUGCAUCCAAGCUAGAGUUAGUUUGCGAACUGGAUCAAGAGACACAGUUUUAAGCAGUAGUCAUUUAUUAUUCGUAUCGUUUUUUUUUAAUGUAAAUAAUAAUCCGUACAUGCCUACAUACAUACAAACACACCGGAGCCGAAAGUGGACAACAACAAGCAAGGCAAACCUUAACUUGUGUAGACAAAGUCGAGAUACUUCAAUUUAACUAAGGAAAAAAUAACUGACUGGGUGACUAGAGUUUAUCUUGUGUUUUGGCUCAAACUUUUCACGUUCACAAAAAGGCAUUUUUAGGCAAAUCUUCGCUACCUACCAAUGAAGGAAUGAUGGAUAGUAACAAAAAGAGACACAUUUACUACUACUAUUGCUACUCAAAAAAAAAAAAAAAAAAAAAAAAAAAAAAAAAACAACUAAACAUACACAGCUUCAGAUACACACUUAUGAUUGAAAUUGUUUCAGUUUUUCGAUCGAACUAGCAGUGAAAUGAGUAAACGCUCUGAGGAAUUGGAUCGAAUCGAGCGACAUGAAAGUAAUCAAUGAUAGGCGUGAUAGUGAAGUAGAACAAAAAAAGCUACACAUACAGAACUCUAGUAAGCUGACAGAUCCAGCUGUCAAAUCAUUGCUAUUGAACAACCAACAAACUUCAGUAAACCCUGAAAUAUAUAAACUCAUAUGAGUAAUAUUAAAAUGUUCAA